GUUCGAUACAUUGAAAGUCGAAUCCGAAGAUAGCGUUAAGUCAAUCUACAGAAUUCAGGCGGUCCCUAUAACAUUUAAGCAGUGACUCACUACGGCGUGUCAAGUCCGACAACCCACACAGAAUCCACGGGACGGCGUUGAUCUUUCUGCCCUGCUAGACUAUACACCCACAACCACAGACGCAACAAUGUCAUUCUUCCGCAUAACCCUCCACCGCUCCGCCAUCGGUCUCCCAAAACGAACGAACGGCGUCCUCGCUGCCCUCGGCUUGCGUAAACGCGACCAGACUGUCUUUCACCCCGUCUCCCCCCAGUUCGCCGGUAUGAUAUUGAAAGUUAAAGAGCUGGUUAAGGUCACAGAAGUCGAUCGCGCUCUUUCGCCUAAGGAGAUGCGGGAUGAGAGGAGGAGCGUGCCGGGGUAUUGGCUUGAGAGGGCGGUGCCUAGGUGAUUGUGGGGAGGGUGGAUGGAUAUGGGGUUGGUGGCGUAGAGGGGUUGGAAUGGAGGGGUGCUGGAGAAUUCGCAUCUAGCCGUCGAGACGAUAAAACUGGUACGCCGGUGGAGGAGUGGAGGAUAGAUGUGUGGGUUGCCUGAGAUCUACGGAUCGCGAGAUUUCCGAUCUGAGAUUCAUCCACAAUCGCCGCUCAUCUAUGUCUGUCUAGGAGGGUUCGUUGGCCCCCUAUCUGGCGUAUGAGCUCAAACGGGGCUCAUAUGACGUGCAGUCAACGCAUAAUCAACACUGUAAAAUAACAACCUAGGUACGGUACACAUAUUUUGUCUGUCCAGCAAUGAGCUGUUUGACAUAGAUGCUACAUACUCUACGUUUGACACAAAUAUGAAUCAAUUAAAGUUCUACAUAGA